AUGCGUUCUACUAUUUAUGCAGGUCUCCUCUUCGCCCUGGCGGCUGAAGUUUACAGCCACGGUGUGGUUACUCAGAUCCAGGGUGCCAACGGUGUCAACAUGCCCGGCCUAUCAGUCAUUGACGGAACUCCUCGUGACUGCGCAAGUCCAGGCUGUGGUGCCGAGGCCGAUACCUCCAUCAUUCGCCAGAAUGAAUUAGGCGGCAAAAAGGCUUCUGCUCUUGGACGUACCAAGGGAGGCGGUCCUGUUGACGCUGCUGCUGCCAUCGCUUCUUUCAUGGGAGGGUCUUCAGCAGCUGCUGCCUCAUCCGGAAACUCUACUACGUCGGCAAAGCGAGGUCUCCUAGGCGAUCUUCUUGGUAAUGGAAAGAACGGAGGCGGUGCAGGCAGCAACUCUCAAGGCACUAGCACCAAGAAUGCCCCUGUUGAAGGUGGUGUCAAGGCAGCUGCAGGCACUGGUGCAACAAGCGGUUUGCCUACUUGCUCCGACAACGGCACCAUUAGCUUGACCUAUCAUCAGGUCAACCAAGACGGCGCUGGCCCCCUGACAGCUAUGAUUGAUCCAACCUCCGGCGGUACUGACCCCAGUGCCUUCCAGAAGGCUGAAAUCAUCCAGGACGUUCCUGGUAGUAAACUAGGUCUCUCCACCGCAAAGACUGAAGACUUUCCUAUCCAGGUUCAGAUGCCUCAAGGUAUGACAUGCUCUGGAAGCGUUGGUGGUGCCAGCAACGUCUGCAUUGUACGUGUCAACAACAACGCUCUUGCGGGUCCCUUUGGUGGUUCUGCUGCCUUUACACAGUCUUCAGCUGCCAAAAAGAGAGCCGUUGAGUACAACUUGAGCAAGCGCCACAUGGCCCGCGGUAUCCUCAAGCGCACUGAAACGGAACUCGAGUAA